CAGUCGCAACUUGUGAAAGAUGGUUCGGUGUUUACUAUAGUGUUUUCCUUCAUCCGCUUCUGGGAAUCGGAGUGUUGUCACAUUGGUUCAUCGCUGUCAAGUAUUCGGUGUUAAUGUGAAACAGAAAUAUAGCCCCCUUUUUAAAUAUGCAAACAGACGUUUUUAAAACAAACAAGAACCAUAUAUUUUUUUAAUAUUUAAAAGCUGGUCAUGUUAAAUAUAUAUAAUAUUGGACAACGAUUCGUUUAAUAUGGCCAGUUCUGAAUUAAAUGAGAUCUGGAACGCGGACGAAGAGAGGAUGCCCCUAAAAUGCGAGUCCGGAAAUGAUUCUACUACGGAGAAACCACAACUGUCUAGCAAAGCUAGUGCGUUUUCAAUCGCCGCCAUCAUAGGAAGUUCCAAAACACAGACACCGGAAGAUAAUGUCAGCACGUGCACCGAAGAACCCAUUUUCUUACGAUCAGAUGAAUGUAUGGACUCUGUCUCGAACGAAAUUCCACAGAGUUCCCCAGGCAGUCCGGACAGACCAGUCAAAGUGGAAGUCUCCAAAGACGAGUUUCUUCCCAGCAGAAAGGAGCGCAAAGCGAAACACGCCGCCAGCUCCUCUGGAAGCAAAGACUUGGAACACAUCGAGUGCCGACUGGAAACGAAGGAAUUGUGGGAUAAAUUCCACGACCUGGGGACGGAGAUGAUCAUCACCAAGUCUGGCAGGCGGAUGUUCCCUACAUCACGUGUGUCGUUCACCGGUCUGGAGUCUGGUACCAAGUACCUCGUGCUUAUGGAUAUAGUUCCGGUUGACAACAAACGGUAUCGCUACGCCUACCACCGGUCGUCGUGGCUCGUGGCAGGGAAGGCCGACCCUCCCCUCCCCGCCCGUUUUUACGUCCACCCUGACAGUCCGUUCACAGGAGAACAGCUACAUAAACAGACCGUGUCGUUUGAGAAAGUUAAACUUACCAACAACAUGCUGGAUAAAACUGGACAUAUCAUUCUCAACUCUAUGCAUAAAUAUCAACCACGCAUCCAUAUCGUAAAGAAGAAAGACUCAUCGUCCAACCAACAGACGUUUGCCUCUCUGGACACUGAAGAGUUCCGAACUUUCAUAUUUCCGGAAACAGUAUUUAUUGCAGUGACUGCCUACCAAAACCAGCUGAUAACAAAACUGAAAAUCGACAGCAACCCAUUUGCCAAAGGUUUCAGAGAUUCCACGAGACUCACUGAAUUUGAGAGUCCUAUUUUCAGAGAAAGCAUGGAGAGUCUCCUUCACCAGCACACGUACGCCCGGUCUCCCAUCAGAUCCUACUCCGACGUCGACUGCGACGACCUCUUCCUCAGACACAGGGAGAUGCUGCUGGCCAAAGAUGAAAACUGCAAUGGUGAAAAACAGAGUAUUUAUCCGUCAUCUACGUGGUCAGUAUGGCGCCCGUUGUGUUCCACCAUGAUGGGUCCUGCAGCGUUCCCGCCGAGACCGCUGUAUACACUGUACGGAGGAUUCCUGGGAAUUAAUUCCGGGUUACCUUUCCCUGGAAUUGGAUUUCAGCCAAUGGGAAUCACUGGUGGAUACCCGUUGAGGGACAUGUCUGAAAAUGUCGGACUUAUGACGUCACCUGAACAGUUGAAUAAAAAUCAUUCCUAUCUUGGAUUAAACAGAUAUCAUCCAUAUUUGUCACGUGAUAAACUUAAAUCAUCCGAAUCGCCCGAUGUUGAUUAAACCAGAUUAAGAUGAUGAACAUUUUAUUAAAAUAUAUUUAUGUAUAUGUAUAUGUCUUUCAAUCAUGAACAUUGCUAGACUGUUGUUAUUUGGAAUCCCCGUAGUUGAUUACAAUAUAAUACAGAUGCAGUGUCGAUAGUUACUUGUGUAAAACACAAAAAUAUUAAAUGCUAUAACAUAAUAACAGCUAAUGAAAAUGUA